AUGGCGGUAAAGCGACUGAGUCCAACGUUCUGCCUUAAAUCUUCUUCAGCAACCGAAGGUCUGUCCUUCCGGCUCCGGUCACUUACCAAGUGGAAAGAUGCUGAUGCCCAAGAAAAACCGUAUUGCCAUCUAUGAGCUCCUCUUCAAAGAGGGUGUCAUGGUGGCAAAGAAAGAUGUUCAUCUGCCCAAACACCCCGAGCUUGCCGACAAGAACGUGCCCAACCUGCAUGUGAUGAAAGCGAUGCAGUCUUUGAAGUCGUGUGGGUAUGUCAAAGAGCAAUUUGCCUGGCGCCAUUUUUACUGGUACCUCACCAAUGAAGGGAUCCAGUACCUGAGAGACUUCCUCCAUCUUCCUCCUGAGAUCGUCCCUGCCACCCUCCGUCGCCAGACUAGGCCAGAGACUGCCAGACCCAGACCCAAGGGUAUGGAGGGAGAGAGACCAGCUCGUCUGAACCGUGGUGAGGCAGACAGAGACACCUACAGGAGGACCGCUGCCCCCCCUGGUGCCGAUAAGAAGGCCGAGGCAGGUGCAGGAGCUGCGACAGAGUUCCAGUUCAGGGGCGGGUUCGGGCGUGGCCGGGGACAGCAGCCUCCACAGUAAAACUCUGGAUCAAUUUCUGUACAAUAAAGACAAAACACAA